AUGGCCGAUCCACUUUCAAUCACAACUGCUUGUAUCACAUUAAUUGGCGCAAUUGGGAAGACGACACAGGCUGUGACGAAUUUUGUUCGAACGUGUCGCGAUGCGCGCGAAGAUCUCGCCGCUGUCAGCAGAGAACUGUCCGAUCUGCGCAUCGUGCUCGAACUUCUCAUCGACGAUACCGCCACCAAGGCCUCCUUGCCUGCUGCCUUCGAAAAACACGUAUUGGCCCUUGUCGGGAACUGUUUGGGUGUGACAACGGAGAUUGCGGGGGAGCUCGGGAAUCACGAUGGCCGAACUGGGCCAGCGCGGUGGGCGAUGGGAGGCAAGGAGACUGUCAAUCAGCUGAAAACGAUGCUCGAGACGCACAAAGGCUCGUUGAACUUGGCUCUCGAGUUAGCGAACCUUGUAUCUUCCAAAGCGAUCAAGGAUGAUACCGUCGUCAUUCGCAACGAUGCAGGUCUGAUCAAGGAAGACACAACGAACCUCUUGCGACAAGUCUCCGAUGUCACUCUACAAAUAGCAAGGAUUCGCAAAGCUGUGGGCGCCAAUCGACAGAUCAAAGUCGCCAACAGCGAUACCAUUGACCUCUGGCUGGAAUCCCUCACAUCCUACGCUGAAAGCGUUUGUGGCGAUUUGCUACAGGAUUUGCCGCCAAACGCUCAUGACCGAAUGCUGCUUCCGGAGACUGAAUUAGCAGGCAGUGGAAUCGUCAUCAGCAACGAUACCAUCGGAGACAUCGGGCCGAUGAAAGUUACCAAGAUACACCAACUCACGUACAACAACGGCAUACACUACAUCAGAUCGAAGGGGAGUCAUCUCAUCGGUGUAGAUGGAGUUUCCAACGUAGUCAUAUGGGAUAUACAGACCGGAAAGCAGUUGGGCACUCUGGACACCAAAAAGUCCCAUUCAUGGGAUAUUUACAAAAUCAAAACAGCAUCCAUCUGUGGUCACGAUUCAGAAUACAUCAUACUGCAUCAGUAUAAAAUAGGCGCCUCUCUUUGGGAUUGGAAAAAGGGCAAGCGAGUCCUUGACGUGUACCAGACUUACCAGGACUUUAUCACACUCCACCCAGUACAUCUUGACGGGAAAAGACUUGUCGUGUUCUGGCAUGACAAACACUCUAUAUGGAAGUCAGAAAAGCCGAGAUGGAAGCACGAAAAGCUGGCCGAGAUUCCUGGGCCAGCAGAAAUUAGCCGGAUUGGAAUAUGGGGUAACGUCGCCGUCGCGCUGCUGAAAGACGGCAACGCAAUCUGCUUGGAGACAUUGACGGGCUCAGUCAAGGCCAAGAACUCGAUCCUUCGACUUGGACAAGAAGACAAGUGCGACAACUUGGCGAUCGGCCUCAUCCUUAUUCGGCAACCGGACGACGGACAUCGUGUCUUAUUCUGGAUCCCAGAUGUGCCCCAUGGGUCUGUCAUGGUCAUUGCUUGGGACAUCGAGAAAGACAGGGUCACUCACUCUCAAUAUGGAGGUUACGUGAAGCAAGAACAUGAGCAAGGAAAACCAAAAGGCUUCUGGCCCACGGCGUUUUUGGAUCGUGGUGCGUUGAUGACACAUGGAGAAGGUAUUGACUUUUUCGACUUCGCCACGGGAAGGAGACGGAGAUAUCAUAAUCCAUUCCCACACAAGAAAGAACUGGAGGUAGCGAAGGAAGUGUGGUAUGGUUUAUUCGGCCGCAAGUACCUCAAGGUUCCUAUCAAUUUGGGACGGCAAGCCACCGUGAGUCAGUUCGAAGGAAAGUACAGAAUUGCCGUCAGGGCUCCUUGGGGAGGUGUAGAGGUGUGGGCAUGGGAACUCGACGAGGUUUCCCUUGAACAACAACGAGAGCAGAGGAAUACGACAACAAGGUCCAUUGGCAGUUCGACAUUGGCAGCUGACUCAUGA